AUGACGUCACACGUUCUCUCGCUGGCGGAUUACCCUUCUUGGGAGGGUUCCGUGCGGCGGAGAUUGGUGGAUGACGUGGCAUCAACGGCCAACGGCAUGUUAAGAUUGCUCUCCCACGUCUCCUUCUCUCUUCCCCUUCAUUCCCGCCUUCCUCCCUCACUCCCAUCUCUCCACCGUUCUCUUCACCACCCCCCCCGCUCGCCUCCCCCUUUUUCUCCGCUCUUCCCCCACCCUACCCUCCUCCCACCACCACUCCUCCUUCCCUGCAGUUCCGAAGCGGUGAGUCAGCUUGUGGGGCGGCUGAGGGCGCUGCGGGUGCGACUGGGGGAGGUGGUAACGCGGGCGAACACGACCAUGCAGCUGCUGCCGGGGAUGGAGGAGGAGAACGGCGCGGAGGGCAGCGGGGAGGGGCUUGAGAGCGUGAAAGUAGUUGAUGUCCGGGGAGGGGCUGGAGUGGAGAGCGUGAAGGUGGUUGACGUGGUGGAUGAUGAUCAAACGCCGCUGAAGCUCGACUGGGGUCGCGCUGUGAGCAAGGAGCAGAAGGAGAAGGAGGAGAAGGACAAGCAGACGCAGGGGCGAUGCCCCUCAGACGCUCAGGCGGCAGGUGGUGCAGGCGGUGCUGCUGACGUGGCAGCGGCUCAUAGGCUGGCGGCACAUGCGGACUGGAGGGGCGGAUUCGCGAAUGGGAGUGUGGUGUGGGCACCGGAGAAGGAUAGAUACAUUCUCAUGGAUUGCCAUAGGGGGAAGUCCAGCACGCGCAUCCGCUGCUUCCGCAACUACAUGCUGCUGGCAGGCCUCUCUAACCGCACGCUGCUGGUACCAAUGAACACCACGGAGGUGGCGUCUGGAUACGACCGCCGGAUUGUCUUUGACUUCGACCACGCGUGGAGGUGCUACGGUCCCCAUUCUGUGCUAUCCACCCAAGACUUUCUAGACUUGAACAAAGGGGGGGCAGAGGAGGGGGGAGGAGGAGUGAAAGACGGGAAAGUAGUGAUCGAUCAAGUGCUAUGCCUACGCGGCUCCUGUUAUAACCAGAAAGGCCAUGGGGAUCCCGGCACUUUAGUAAAUCUGCCCGACGCUGCCCUAGCCGAAAAUAUCACUUGGAGCACUGUUCCUUCCACGGUCAUUAAGGAGCAGAAAUUUCGCCUGCCCGAAGCUGGCGAGAUCGCGCGGGAAAUCCUCCCGUCUGCCCGGGUUGUGGUUCUCGGGGAGCUGGAACUUUUCUCGUUUGACCGGUCGCUCGAGGCCGAGGGCGACGUUCCUUUUAUUCGCCGCCCGGGCUGCCCGAACUCACUCGCCAUUCAACCGCAUCCCGCCGUCCUACUCUCCGCCGAGCGGCUAAUACAGUCCAAAAUGUGGAGUCUUAUUGCACUAAACGCCACUUUUAGCCACACGCCCGCGAAUUUCACAAUCAAUAACACGGGAGCGGACGGCGGGAGUCGGGGCAUGGGGUGGCAGAAGGAUAGCGAAGUGACUGAAAUUCAGGAUAAGAGAUUUGUGGCGGUGCAUUGGAGGAGGGGGGAGAUGGGGAUGGGGUGUAAGGAACCGGGGGUGGUGUGUCACGUGCGGGCAGCGCAGGCAGCUGGGUGUAUUGCGAGGGCGAUGGAGAAAGCAGGGGGGAUCAAGACGGUGUUUCUGGUCUCAGAUGCCAGUGCCAAGGAGGGGGUGUGCGUGUGGCAAGGGGGUGUGCGUGUGGCAAGGGGGUGUGCGUGUGGCAAGGGGGUGUGCGUGUGGCAAGGGGGUGUGCGUGUGGCAAGGGGGUGUGCGUGUGGCAAGGGGGUGUGCGUGUGGCAAGGGGGUGUGCGUGUGGCAAGGAGGGUUUCCCUCGAUGGUGGGUGUAUGUAUAGUGCUGCUCUGAGGGUAAGGCAGGCUGCUGGGUGUAUUGCGAGGGCAAUGGAGAGAGCAGGCGGGAUCAAGACAGUGUUUCUGGUGUCUGAUGCCAGUCCCAAAGAGGAUCUUCGCCUUGUCAUGCUGCCUCCUUUUGAGGCUCCUCAAAACUUAACUGAGCCUUUCCUCACAAACUCAUACGGUAUGCUCGCUUCCACAUUGAGGAUCUUCGCCUCAUCAUGCUUCCUCCUCCUCGUGAUCCUUCCCGCCUUCUUUUCCCCCUUUUCUGUCCCCCUCUCCUUCCACCCCUGCUUUCCUCUCCCCUUCUCCAUUUGGUUCCCCUUUCUUCCCAACCAAGCUAACUGA